AUGUCAAUAGAGUUGAAUCCGUUGCGUUCAACGAUUUGUGCAAUAUUGGCUGGCGCAUGUGCUGGUGCAGUAGCAAAAACAACUAUCGCUCCUCUUGAUCGUACUAAAAUCAACUUUCAAAUAUCAAGUACGCGCGGGUAUUCUUUUAAGGCUGCUUUUCGUUUUAUCAAGACAACUUACAAAUCAACGGGGUUUUUUUCGUUAUGGCGGGGUAAUUCGGCUACAAUGGCACGAGUUAUACCAUAUGCAUCAAUACAAUUUGCAACACAUGAACAAUUCAAGCAUAUUUUGCGUGUCGAUAAAAAUGGAGAUCGAACUCCUGCAAAACGUUGUCUUGCUGGUUCAUUGGCAGGAACUGUUGCAACCAUCCUUACUUAUCCAUUAGAUACGUCGAAAGCUAUAUUAGCAACGUCGAAAGUAGCUGAAUAUCGCUCUCUAUAUGAUAUUUUUGUUAAAAGUUAUCGAACAUCCGGUUUAAUGUCUUUGUAUAGUGGUCUUCUUCCUACAUUAGCGGGUGUAGCACCAUAUGCUGGUGCUAGUUUCUUCACAUACGAAUCUCUCAAACUUUAUUAUGCAGAAAAAACGGGUAAACCAAUCACUCCAUUACAUCGCAUGAUCUUUGGUGCGUUUGCUGGACUUAUUGGUCAAUCUUCUUCAUAUCCUCUUGAUAUCGUUCGUCGAAGAAUGCAGACGGGAGUUAUAAGAAAAAAUCAAAAUAUGUUUGUAUCUUUAUAUCGAAUAGGACGUGAUGAAGGAAUUCGUCAUGGUCUUUAUAAAGGUCUUAGCAUGAAUUGGGUUAAGGGUCCAAUUGCUGUUGGUAUUAGCUUUACAGUGUACGAUUAUGCUAAAAUAUUUAUUGAAGAGAUUAUGGGAAUGGAAUAUAAUUUUGAAUUAAAAAUUUUAAACUCAAUGAGGAAUCGAUUCAAUCUAAAUGAUAAUGCGAAGGAAAGUAAAGAUAAGCCGCGUUUCUACUGA